AUGAUGAAUGAGAAUGACGAAAACGAAAUUGAUGUGGUGAACGUUGGAGAAAACUUUGACGACUCAGGACUGGCCAUUGAAGAACGACUGAAUGAAGGUACUGAAUGAAUGUUUAAUACAGCUCUUUUACGUUUAGCUCUACAAUGAGUUUCAUUAUUUCAAUCUGACGUUUUGACCAAGUAUUUCAAAAGCUGAACGCUCAAAAUUUUAUUUAUUAUCCACCCACUUUCUUUACAGUGCUCAUCCUCUGCCCUAAACAGGAACUAGGUCCUUGUAUAGUUUGAAAUAAGGAAUUUUAAUUUUUAAACUGAUAUGGCUUCAUUAAUGAUAUUAAUUAAUAUCUUAUUUGUUAAGAAAAUGAAAUAAAUGCUUUGGAGAGGCCAGACACUGCCAAAUCAGUGGUAAAUAUUUGCAAAAUCCCAAAACUUGUGGAUAAUAAGAGAAAGCACAUGGAAAAAGGGUUAUCACAAGCUCAAAGAGACCAUCUUCUCCUGAAGCAAGGGAAAGAUGAUGCAGCAAUGAAGCAGCAGAUGGUCGAUGCAUUUGAUCGUUCUAAUCAAACCCUUGAAAACUCAAUAACAAGGAUGACAAAUUGCCUGUCCUCUCUUGGUGAAGGGAUAGCAUCGGGGAUGCAGAUGCUUGCGAUGGCAUUGGCUGGGCCGCAACAACACGUCCGUGCGCCAUACCCUCCUCACCCAUAUCAACCCAAUUUUAAUGGCAUGCCUACAAUCCCUAUUUAUCAUAACCACUAUCAGCCAAGACAGCCACAACCCUACCCACACCCAGGAAAUGAAUCUCCAAGAAAUGCUUAUCAGUUUCUUGGAGAUGAAGAAGAGAAUGAUCUUCAUUCUCUAUGA